UGGACUCUUCCAUGCCAGAGCCCAAUUUAGCUGAACGAAAAAGAUUUUGGUAUUGGAGAGAGGCUGUCUCGAUGCAACGAAAUUGGCGAUUACGACCCCAAGACAUGUCUUUUGCCUCUUCCACACCCCAUCAGAUUGUCCACAAAGGUCCCUAAAGGUAUCUUCAAACAAAUGGGUCUACCAAUAUUGGUCGGUGUUGGAAUGGCUGAAAGAAGACCCACUGAACCACUAGUAUUGCUGCCGGAAACGGUUCAACAUUCAUCAUGAUGUUGUGCGUUUGGCCCCCAGUCGAGAAGGAUAGGAACAAUCGACAACCAGAGAAGAAGGUACCAGUAGACAAGUGCAACAAUGGUAAGUUGGCUGUCGUUUCCUUGGUUUGUUUGUGGCAUCAAUAGUUAGGAAAUGCAACUGACAUCAUAUUGCUUUUUUGUCGUGUUGCUGGCGGUAGUAUCAGCUAUCGUUGGAUGGUUGACGGACAGUGAUCUGUAUUGGCUCGUCAUUGCAUGGAACUGCCUGCACGAAGGAACAAAGGCAAUGUGUGUCCGUACCUGUGUAAACUACUAGCUAGUGGGAGCUGUUUGCGAAGACUCAAGCACCAGUUAGUUAGUUGUUGGGGGAGGGGCUUCUGCACGAAAGCAGCCUGAGGAAGGAACAAGGAAGGUUGUGCAACUCUAUAUGAGGAACUAAUGUUGUCGUUGUUUGAAGCCAACAUCUUGAACAGCAGGUCUGACGGCACGGUACGGUAGGCUCUCCGUAGAGCCAUCGGAAGGAAGCUGCGAUUAAAUGAAUACUGGCUGUGCCUUUCCAACUUAGUAUUUCAAAUCUUGGGGACCAGCCACAGCUCCACACAGACACCUCCAAUCCAAGCCUGGUUCAAAGAUAGAGACCCCAUCCUGAUACAAUGCGGAGCCUGUCUCAGCUUGGAGCCACCUUCCUCUGGCCCAUGUGUCAUGCCUUGUAAGUUCCGAGUCAAGUCAUGAUGCCUGGGGCCAGCCCAGCUAGCCUGUCGUUGUCUACUGGGGCUGGUUGCUAGGCCAGAGCGUUCAUCCUCGGUUCUAAGCUAUAGACGUCUUCCCAAUCGUAUCGAGAAGAGUUGCAUAGUACAUACCGGUAUACAUAGCACAUAUCCUACUACCGGUACCUGCCCACUAUUUUGGUACCGCUACUAGUAUGUCAUGUGCGCGCCAUGGCACAAAUAGCAGCUUGCACCCUCGAGACGUCGUCUUUCUCCCGAUCGUCGCCCGGGUGAUCGCAUGUGGUCUGUCCGCCAUCAAACAUUCCCAGCGUGAGAAGUCACUUUUUUGGGUGAAAUUGAGGUGUGCCACGCUGAGAAGUGAGAUCCAAGCCAUCAACAAAAGCAACGGCGAUAACCAAGAAGGUCCCUUCGUGCUUCGUGCCUUAUUCUCAAACAACAAAACAACAAGUGACAACCCGAGAGUAAGACUGCAGGUACGAUACGGGACAUUCAUCAUUCCGUUCUACCACUAGGCAGAUUGCUAGCUAGCUAGACACAUCACCCCUUCCUCCCUUCCAUAGCCCGUUCUCGCCUGAACCAGAAAGCUGAACACCGAUUCGAUUCGAUUCGAUUCAUUGACAAUCUCUCUAGCGAAGCCAUGUCUGGACCACCCGAAGCCGAUAUGAUGGACGGCAAGCCUCCAGGUGAUGAGUACGAAGAGAUCCGAGAGCAGGACCGGUAUUUACCGAUUGCCAACAUUGCUCGGAUCAUGAAAAACACAUUGCCGGAAAAUGCCAAGAUUGCCAAGGACAGCAAAGAGACGGUUCAGGAAUGUGUGAGCGAAUUCAUAUCCUUUAUCACAUCGGAAGCCAGUGACAAGUGCUUGCAGGAAAAGAGAAAGACCAUCAAUGGAGAUGAUCUGUUAUGGGCCAUGUCAACAUUGGGAUUUGACAAGUACGUAGAACCACUCAAACUCUACUUGAGCAAGUAUCGGGAAGCCGUACGAGGGGACAAACCAGAAAAGGUCAGUCGAACGGCCACGCAUGCUCCGCCGGUUGUAGCGGUACAGCAACAACCACCACAUGUCACGGCCAAUCCUAUGGGGGCCACAGCAGCCAUGCCAGGAGCCAUGCAUCAUCUUAAUCAUCUCAAUCAUCAUCCGACACUAUAAUAACAACAUAACAAUCCAAGCGUCCAGUACUAAUAAGCAAACAAAUCAAAGAAUCAAAUCAGUGGGCAUGAAAAUGGAUUCA